CUGAUAUGCUACUACUACGGAGUGAGUGCGACUCACAGAGAAAAUGUAAGAAAAAGAAGAGAAAAAAAAAAAAGAAAAAAGAAAAUGGUUUCUGACAGCAAAAAACCAGAAAAAAACUGGAAACACUCUCUACUCUACCUCACCUUCAUCAUCACAAUCAUUCACCUCAUACACCAAACCAAUUUCUCACGCAAACUAUCAAUCGGCAACGAAACAGUGCGUAUCAAGAAAACCUCCGAUCUUCCUCUCCGGUUCCGUUCCGACGGUACCUUCAAAAUCCUCCAAGUUGCUGAUAUGCAUUAUGGAAAUGGAAUGGUAACAAGGUGCAGGGACGUGUUGGCUUCUGAGUUCGAGUUUUGUUCUGAUCUUAAUACUACAAGGUUUUUGAAACGGAUUAUUCAAGCUGAGAGUCCUGAUUUUAUUGCAUUUACCGGAGAUAAUAUAUUUGGAUCAAGCAGCUCUGAUGCUGCCGAAUCUAUGUUUCAAGCCUUUGGUCCGGCCAUGGAAUCAAGACUUCCUUGGGCUGCAAUUUUGGGAAACCAUGACCAAGAAUCAAGUCUGAAUCGUGAAGAAUUAAUGUCCUUAAUAUCCCUUAUGGACUAUUCAGUUUCCCAGAUCAAUCCGUCAGAUGCUAAAAUUGAUGGUUUUGGAAAUUAUAACCUAAGAGUAUAUGGUGCCCCAGGUUCCAUGCUGGCAAAUAGUAGUGUUUUGAAUCUUUUCUUUCUUGACAGCGGCGACAGGGUUGUUUAUCAGGGAAUUCGAACUUAUGAUUGGAUCAAGGACUCUCAACUUCAUUGGCUGCGUCAUGUAUCUCAGGAACCCCAGGGACAAGAGCAGGAUCCUCUUCAAUCUACUCCUGAUCAUGAUUCUACCCCAAUUACACCGCCAGCACUUGCGUUUUUUCAUGUUCCGAUCCCAGAAGUUCGGAAUCUGUUUUACAAAAAGAUUGUUGGUCAAUUUCAAGAAGGUGUAGCUUGUUCACGGGUGAACUCACCGGUCUUGCCAACGCUUGUCUCGAUGGGAAAUGUGAAGGCUGUAUUCAUAGGCCACGACCAUAAAAAUGACUUUUGUGGAAACUUGGAUGGCAUAUGGUUUUGUUACGGCGGCGGCUUUGGUUAUCAUGGCUAUGGAAAAGCGGGGUGGCCAAGAAGAGCAAGGAUUAUACUUGCUGAACUUGAGAAGGGAACAAAUUCUUGGACAACGGUGCAGAGAAUUAAAACAUGGAAACGACUUGAUGAUGAGAAGAUGAGCAAGAUCGAUGAACAAAUCCUAUGGGAUCGAUUGGUUUCUAGAUGACCAUGGUGGUAUUAUUCUGCUGCCUACCACAUUGCACGUACAGUAUCUGCAAUUCUGCAUUGUAUUUAUGUAUAACAUUGAUGUUCACCGUAAUAAGUAGUAAUACAAUUUUUUUGAUUUGAGAUUAAUUUUGAUGCGUGCUGUUAGUCUAAAACUUUUUAUAUCAACCAACUACAAAUCAUUGUUUGUACAACUUUUGAGUAGACAUGAUUGAAAUCAAAUAAUUUCAAUGAUCAAACAAUUAUUAUUGGUUGAUUGUAUAAAAGUCUCUAAAAUGAUCAAUUAAAUCUCUGUUCAUGUCUCUACAAUGAUGAAAAGCGAGUGUUAUAG